AUAUCCCUCCACAAAUUGUCAUAAAAAUGUCAAAAUCACCUAAAACCCCCAUUCGCACUCGUUCCCAUUCUAAAGGCCUGAGCACAGACCAUCACAGCCCUAACGCUGUGCCACUAGACCUCAACAGCCACAUUUCUGGGAUCCAGAACACCAUUAAUAACCUGAAGCUUGAGUACCAACAUUUUCAAAAAGCAGGCAUGAAGGCUUGUACUACAGAAAAAGAGCUCUCGACUGAACACCAUGAAGACUCUAGGAAGAAAAUUCACAAGCCAGGUAGAGCCAGAGGGAUGUCGAAAGACCAUGCUCAUCAGAAGGAUUUUAAUCAUGCCGAAAAUGUCUCAUUCGAUGUUUUUGGAGAGAACGAUACAAGGAACCAUAGACAAGACUCUCCAUUUGCUCUUCCAAAGAAGCAUAAGCAACAUGAAAGAAUCCUCAUGCAGAAAAAUAGCAAUAAUAGAAGCUAUGAACAGAAGAAGUACUUCAAAUUUGAUAAUUCGAAGGACUUUGUUCAAGGAAUGAGCUUUGGAGUUCAACAAAAGUCACGGGAAAGUUAUAGCAGUAAGAAGUUUACGGAGAGCCCAAGAAGAAAUUUGGUAGUGAAAAAAAUUGAUGGCAAGUAUAUCCCUUUGAAUGAGAACAUUCCCAGCAAUUCAAUUGACAAUAUGUACCAACCUCUUGAUCUUGAGAAGCUAAACUUACCUGAUAACUCCUUAACAAAUGGAGACACUGAGACUUUCAGGAGCGUUCUCUGGAAACAGAUUGACAGCUCCUUAGACAAGAAAACAGAUGAAACCAAUGAGUCAAUACACGAAUGGCUCAAGAAGACAAGUAAUAUGAAGUUAAGCACCUUUAUUAACAACCUGGUUCAAGAAAAUGAGACUCUUAAGAGCCAAGUUGACUCUUUAUCCAAGGAUUUACAAGCCAAACAAGACAAAUAUUUCCAGUCUGAGAAGAAAUUAAACGAUAAAAUAAUUCAUCUAUGAUCCAAAACCGGUCAACUGAAGGAAGGACUCAAUAGGGAGAGAGAACAAAAGUCAAAGUUAGAGAUAAAAAUCAAGAAUUUCCUCGAAUGGCUAGAGAAAGAACAUGAUCUCAACGUUGCUGAUAUAUUUUAUAAUGGAAACAAAAAAUCAAGGUAUAAGAGAAAGAAGACCAAAAGAGUAUCCUCAAUGGUGAACACUAAAAAUAGCUUAAAUGAUACUAAAGAGUCUCAGUACUUGCUAGAUAUGAGUCAUCAUGACAGAAGCGAGUCUGAUAUUACUUGCAAGCAGGUUGAUCCUUAUGGAAAUAUAAGGUUUUAUAGACCUUUGAUCUCUCCUACAAAUUCAAUCUCCUUAAAUACAUCUCAAUUGCGCAUUCCAAGUGUCCAAAAUCACAUUGAAGAACAAAGAAAUGAGAAUGCUGAGGUUGAAAAAUAUUUGAAUUUGAGGAAGGAACUAAAGAAAGAAUCAGAGCUGAUUUCCAAACUUAGAAAGCUCUUAAUGGACACAAGUCAUCCAGGGUGAUAUGAGUACCAACAAUGGCCAAAGCUCAGCCAUGUCUGGAGAUGGGUCAAGAAGUUGGUAUCUUUCAGACUAGACCAUACUGAGAAUUCAUACAUAAGCUAAAUUCAAUUUUAA